UGCAGCCUGUUUGGGAAAUGUCCCCCACAAACAAGCAGCGAUGAUCUGGAGCGGAGCCGCGGCAGGCAUGAAUCUGUCUGAUGAGUCCUCCUAUCAAGAGGAGGGGCUGCUGGGUAACUCCACCUGGGCCUACUCCUACUAUCACCAGAACUACACCCUGCCCCCCCCAUUGCUACCAGGCAAGACCAGCACCUCCAAACCUGCAGCGUGCGAGCAGGUCCACAUCGCAGUCGAGGUCUUCCUGAUCCUGGGUAUCAUCUCCCUGCUGGAGAACAUCCUGGUCAUCACAGCCAUAGUAAAGAACAAGAACCUCCACUCACCCAUGUACUUCUUCGUCUGCAG